GUUAUAUGUUGUAUUGUUUCUAGCAGAAUGUAGUACAGUAUUUGUGAGUGAUGUAUCCUUAGGAUGUGUUUUCAAUAGUUUUUAGUGUUUAUGGCUUGAUUUUGAAUGACAACCAUAAACCCCUCAGUUUCUCCAAACAGGUAGCCCUAGUCAUCUAGUAGUUUGUCGCAUUUUUGUCAACAUAGUCCUGAGUUAGGUCAUGAGUAUGCAUGCCAUGAAGUGUCUUUCGGCCCACGACUGCUUAAUAAUAAUUGUUAUUUAUGUAUUGAGCUAUGUCCAGGUGCUCGGAAUGCUAAACCAUUAAUCGUUACGUCAUUUCCUGUUACAACUUCCUCUAUUCACAAUAUCCAAGAUGGCGACCGUUGUCGAACAGUUAAACGUUUUCGUCCAAUAUUUCGGCGUGGAGGGAUGUAAAACUGGUUUAGAUCCAAAUUUAAAGAUUCCUUCCUUGACAACUAAAGAUGGUAAACAAGUUAAUGGUCUAGUAACAAUAUUUAAAUACCUCAUAGAAAACUCAAAGCAGAAGAAUGGUUUAUUAGGUCAAUCUUUAGAGGAUCAAUGUGUCAUUAAUCAAUGGUUAGAAUAUAGAACUUCGGAUUUAGAAUAUGCUCUUUCAGCAGAUCAUGAAAAAAUCUUACAGGAACUUAAUCAUCAUCUUGAAAAUAAAGUAUAUUUUGUCGGAAAUAAAUUAUCAUUAGCAGAUUUAGUUUUAUUUUGUGGACUACAUAAUAUAUACAAAAAAUUAGAUUUCAAGGAAAAACAGUUAUAUUCUAAUGUUUCAAGGUGGUUUAAUUUGAUUCAACACGAAGAAUGUCUUGCUCCAUUAAGGCACCAUUUCUCUCAUAUAGUAUUCAGCAAAACAAGAUUAUGUUAAAUGUGUAUAAUAUGACAAAUUUAUCCUUCAAAUGUAUUUGUGAAGAUUUGACAAAAUAUACUAUUGUUAUUUUUUUUAA